AGUAAAUACAUAUAUAUGUAAAAUACAGGGCAAUCAUCAUUCUCUUCAAAACGCUGCCAUUGUCGUCGGAAGAAAAUCGAUCUCGAGCCUGCAACAAAAAUGGUAGAAUCUCUGCCUCUGAGUUGUGCUGCAACUACUUUUCUGGUCGAAUCAAGGUCCAGAAGAAGAACAAACUUCCGCUGCUUUUCUGCAUCGAGAAACAACGGAUACAUCCCAAAGCUGGAGCCGUUCAGCCGAAGCAAAAUUGAUAGAGCCUUCAAGGAACCUCCUCUGAUUCAGAAAUCGGAAAGCCAAAUCGCUGAUUACUGUUCGACUCUGGAAGGAGACGAUUCCUACAGCUGUUGGAAAGCCUAUUUUGAACUCAAAGAGCUUGAAAAAGAAGUUCCAAAAGAGGACCUGGAGAGAUUAGUGAUAGAAGCCGGCGGAGUGAAAUCACUGAUCGGAUUCGUGCACGGCGUCGCAGCCAUCCACAAGGCCGCCAAGGCUGGUGACAAGGCGGCCGUCAACCCGGCCAGCACACCGGCAGCAAGAGCUGUGAAUCCGGAGUGUCCAGUCCCCGACGGACUCCCUAAAACUUGGGAAGAGCUGCAGGAGGAGGAGAAGGAGCGAAUGCCGGAUUCGGCCUACACAAGGCUGCUUAGAGCCAGGGGAAGACACCCUGUGUGGCACAACAUCGAAUGAAAUCAAUGAAUGAAUUGGUAAGGUAAAUACUAACUACUACUUUCAGUUUCAGAAAUAAUAUGCACAUAAUAAUAGUACAUAAGGUAAUUAUUGUCAAUGUAGGAUUCCUUGUUUGGACAGUGUGUGCUCAUAGCAGUAUUGCAUUGUGCAUAUAUAUUUGGUGCACUUUAUUUAAGAGAGAAUUUUGGUGAGGGUUUUAGGUAUUUUCUAUAUGGAUGAUCUUUGUACUUUGAGCUUGAGUUUUGGAUUUGAUUUCUUUGUCUAAUUAUAGUACUUUUCAUUUCUGUUAGAA